UUUGCACUUGCUCACAGAGUCAUACGGAGUCACCGCACACGUACCAUACCAGCACGUCGUCACAAGGGAAGAAAUGGGCUCGUGCGCCUCGCGCUCGCCGGCGUCGGUAGUGGCGGCGGGGUCCGGGCGGGCAGUGGCCACCAAGACGGCGAAGGUGAUUGGCCUGGACGGCUCCAUGGCGCAGUACGUGGCGCCGGUCACGGCGCGCCAGGCACUGGUUGACGCCGCCCGCGCGUGGAGCUUCCUGUGCAGCUCCGACGAGCUCCGCCUCGAUGCGCCCGCCCGCGCGCUGGCCGAGGACGAGGCGCUUCAGCCCGGGUGGCUCUACUUCGUGCUGCCAGUGUCUAUGCUCCGUCGGCCGCUCUCGGGGCAGGAGAUGACCGCCCUCGCCGUCAGGGCCAGCUCGGCGCUGGCCGUGGCGAGCGGCAUCUCGUCCCCCACGCGCGGCAAGAACGGAGCCGCGCUGGCUGGCGCCAACAGCAAGCGACGCAAGGUGGCGGCUCGAGUGGCACCUCUCGCUCACGAUGACGAUGUCGCGGAGCGGGACGGUGGAUGGGACCAACACCUUGCGUACGGCAAAUACGGUGGCGUGCGCAAGAGGGUGCUGGCCGCCGGCGAUGUGGCGGCUGGGAAGGCGAGGAGAGGAGAUGGUUACGGUGGAAGGCGCAGCAGCCGCCAUCGUCGUCGUCGUGCAGGCGUGCGAAGGUUGAGCGCGAUUUUGGAGGCCGAUGACUUCUGAGUUCAACGAUUUUCGGGACUGGUUAAUUUAAUUCCGUUAUUAGUUAGUUGGUUCUGUCCGUCGAUCGACCCGAUCGGCCCAUGUAUAUACCGGAAACAACAAUUUUUUGAUGUUUUUCGACAUGCAACUCAUAUAUAGAGACGGU